AUGGCGCCCCACGACACACCUACUCUUCUGCAACUCCCCUUCCUCGCCAUUGCAUAUCUGCAGCCAGGACGCCGGCAGGACCCCGACUGGACGUACCGACAGGCGCUAUACAACAGCGCCCUCAAGGCAUUGUUAGAUGCCUUCGCAUUUUGCCGCAUCAAGCCCGGUCUGUCACUCCGUGCGGGUUUCGAGCGAGAUCGAUUUGUCUUGAUAGAGCCGGGAAGGCCUGAGCUCUACACGGGCAUCGCGCAGGACAAGGAGGUCAAGCCGGAGGUUAUUGGAGGAACGUGGUAUCCGAAGCGACUACCAAGUGAUUUCACCAUUCCAGAGGGCGGGCAUAUCGUUCUCCAUCUGCACGGCGGCUCGUAUAUCAUGGGUGACGGCCGCACGGCUUCAUGUCAGUUUCUAGCCAAGAACCUCCUCUCCCAUACCCCGGCUCGCUAUGUGCUGUGUCUACAGUACCGACUCGCAGUGAGCCCGAAAACUCGCUUUCCGGCGCAGCUCCAGGAUGCCAUUUCCGCUUAUUCCUACAUGAUCCACACGCUGCACAUUCCUCCCACACGCAUCAUUCUCAGCGGUGACAGUGCGGGCGGGCACCUGGUCCUGGCAUUACUGCGGUACAUUGUUAAUUUCGGGGGGAAGUCGCUCCUGCCACCCCCAAAAUGCAGCUGGCUAUGGUCGCCAUGGUGCGAUGUCCCUGCCGGGGCCGAGAGAACGGCUUGGAUCAAGAAUCCGAAGUAUAGCACCGAUUACACCCCCGGCUCGCUACAGGCUUGGGGGGCCAAAAAUUUCCUUAGGAACCUGCAUUUGACAGCGGCAGUCGAAGAAUAUGUCGCGCCCAUUAAGCAUCCAUUUCCGCUUCCUUCGCCGAUGUUCAUUGUUUCGGGGGGGGCGAGAGGUCCUGUUUGA